AAUACUAUAUAUAUAACUAAAAAAAGAAGAAUAAAAAAUAAGAGAAAAAUUUAAGAUUAAUUAUAAAAAUAUAAAAUCAAAUGAUGAGUGAUAUAAUUGCAUCAGAAUUUACGAACACGCACAACGCCAUCGAUUCGAAAAUUAUGGGUUUCUUAAAUCCAAUUAUGCACCAUCAUGAUUUAUUACAAAGUUACGUGCGAGCGCUCGCGGAAAAUAUUUCAAAUUCAAAACAGUCUGAGGAGGAAUCGGAUUCAAAUUUUAGUAAAAUCUCAUCUUCUUUAGAAUUUUAUCCCAAUACUGAGUCUACCGAUAAUAAACAGAAUUAUAUUAAUAAUGACAAAAAGAAGAAAAAGGAUAAGAAACAACAAAAGGAAAAUAAGUCUAAUAAAUUGUCAAUUGAAUCAGAAAUGAAUAUUCAAAAAAAAAAGAAAUGAUAUCGACAGA